UAGGGAUCUAAUACGUACUACUAUAGAUAUUUCUAUCGUGAUGGUUUCUACGGUUUGAGUGUAUUCAAUAACUUAAAAAUCAACGUAGAAAGAGGUGCAUAUAUGAAAGCAGUUGGUAUACUAGUGAGGCCCUCAGAGGAUACAGUUCUGGGUGACGUUUGGAGCCACGAACCAUUUUUGCAAGGUGAAAUAAGUAAACACAUGAACAUCGCUGACGCAAGCGGUCCAGAUAGAUAUGAUGCUUUGAUAGAAUAUUAUAGAAACAAAAGCCUUAAUUCUAAACCUAAUGUAGAGGAGAAUGAAUAUACAACACCACUCGAGAAUAAUAGAAUCGCUGGGGAGGCAAGCUCUUCCGUCAACUAUAACUUACAGAGGAGUGUACAUAUCAAUGACAAAUUCAUAAAAAGUGACCAAAUGCCACUGAACAAUUUGCUUGAUCUUGCCGAAUAUCUUGGCCCUGAUAUAUUUCAACUAUGGAAAGCAGCACUUUCAAGAAAGCGGGUCAUGCUGAUUACAACACCUCCAAUGGAAAACGCCUGCAAAUAUGUGUAUAGCAUUUCUCUUUUGGGGCAGGUAACAUCUCAGUUUCAGCGACAAUGCACAAAGAAUAUAAAACCAAUAUUUGCGGUAGGUGUGAAUGAUAUUCCAUGUACACCGGACUCUAUAUAUCAAAUGAAAUCAAACUUAUACGACGUGGGGGUCAGUUUACCUUCAGAUCCGGUCUUACCGCAUCUUCAAUCAUCGCGCACAGAGGCAAAUGUCACUGGUAAAUUCAGGUUCUUUUCUUCAGCAACGGCACUGGAAGCACACAAUUCCGCUGAUGUUGUCAGGUAUCGUAUUCUUUGGCAAUUAACAUGUCGUCAAACGAGGAUAAACUGGAAGAAAAUCAUAGAAAAGGAGCCAAAAGAUGCAUUGAGCACAGUGAAGGCGAUUACAACCGGCUUUUUAUAUUGGCUGUACGAAAAUCCGAGGACAAAUAAUAAUGCUAUAUUUGCUCAACCUAAACUGAGAUGGUUGGAAUUAUUUGCAGGAACAAAUCACGGAAGGGGUAAUGAAAGAAACGCGGGAGCCGCAGGUGAAACAAAUUUACUACUGGAUGUGGACGAUGAUGAGGAUGCAACAUUGAUUGAUAAUAGUAACUUAUUGGAAGUUGUGACAAGAACUCCACAAAAGUACACUACUAAACGACACAAUGAGCAGCUCAUCGAGAGCUUCAGUCUAUAUUAUCCGUGAAUGAAGAAAACGGAUUGCAGCUUAUUCCUUUAUACCCAAAGGAUUUGGUACAGCUUGGCUUGGAUCCUAUUGCAGAUGCAGCAUUUGUAUCAGAGUUAGCACAGUUGUACUUUCAAA